AUGAAUUUGAUGAAAAUGGGGUCUAGUGUAAGAUGUUUUUUGCUUGUUUUGAUGGAGAUUUUGGUUUUUAUAGAAAGUAGGAGGGCUGAUUUGAUAUUCUAGAGAAAAACUUUUGGGUUUGAUAUUGAAAAACAUGUAAUUUUGAUCAAUUUUUGUAUAGUGUAAUAUAAUUUUUGUCAAAUUUGAAGGAGAUUUUGAUUGUUAUGGAAAGUAUGAUAGCUGUUUUGAUAACCUAGAGAAAAAAAUGUGAAUUUGAGAUUGGGAAAACGUGCAAUUUUGAAGAGUUUUUGUCUAGGGUAAUAUAAUUUUUGUCAAAUUUGAUGGAAAUUUGGGUUGGAAGAGAAAGUUUGAGGGCUGAUUUGAUAACCGAGAGAGAAAACCGUGGGUUGGAAGUCAAAAAUCUCGUAUUUUUGAGCAGUUUUUAUCUAGUGUAAUAUAAAUUUUGUCAAAUUUGAUGUAAAUUUUGUUUGAAUUUGGUAUAAUGGUCCGUCCCGCAUUCGAGCUUAGAUUGGAAAAUUUGUCAGUUGAAACUUGAAAAAAAAGGGAAUCUUGCUAUUUUUGCCUGGUGUAAUAUCCAAAAUUUGAAGAAUGCGAUUAUUUAAGUGUUUAUUUGUAUGCAGAGUGUAUAUUUUUGAUGGAACGGUUUUUUUAAGAGAUUUUUUAAAUGUAGGCCAAAUUUAUUCGGUCGUAUUUUACCCAAAAAUUACCUAAAAAUCGUUUCAGGUUCGAGCCAUCAAGGAAGCGGGCGCCGCCGCCGCCCUUUUCAUCCUCGAGCUAGAGGCCUCGAGAAAGGGACUCCGAGCGAUUUCCACGACAAAAACUCCUGCUUGCACUGGCGGUGGGCUGCAUUUUGUUGGGAUGCGUUUGGUAGGUCGAGAAGGGCAAAGUAAUGUAAAUUUUGGGAAAGUUUUGGGGUAAUGAUGAGUUGUGAGGAUUAGAAUAGAUGUAUUAAGAAUUUUUGGGAGUGAUGAGAUGUAUUUUGCAAGGUUUUGAGGGUAUAAUUCUCGGAAUUUUGAUUUUUUUAGGCUAGAAGGUCAUGGAUAAUAUAAAUUCUGAUGAUUUUGAUGAGAUUUUGAAUUAUUUUUUUGGAGAUGAUGGUUCAGGAAGACAGAGAAUGCUUUUUUGCAAGAUAUUAGGUAAUAAAAUUCAUGAAAUUUUGCUCUUUUUUGACUUACAUCCAGGUCAUGGAUAAUAUAAAUUUUGAUGAUUUUGAUGUAUUUUUUGGAGAUGAUGGUUCAGGAAGACAGAGAAUACUUUUUUGCAAACUAUUAGGUAAUAAAAUUCAUGAAAUUUUGCUCUUUUUUGACUUACAUCCAGGUCAUGGAUAAUAUAAAUUUUGAUGAUUUUUUAAUUAUUUUUUUUCGAGAUUAUUGUUCAGAAAGGCAGAGAAUACUUUUUACAAAGUUUUUUACAAGAAGGUGAAUAAUCAAAUUUAUGAAAAUUUGCUUUUUUUGACCUAUACCGGUCAAGUGUAGUCUAAAUUUUGAUGAAAUUUGAGGGUUUUUAUCAAGGCUGAUGAUUGGAAUAGAAGUUUUAGUACAAUGGUCGUAUGCUUUAACGUAUUUUACAAAAUUGAGUGGAAAAAUUUGGCGACAAAAUGUGUUUUUUAUCUUAAGGUCAUGGAUAAUAUAAAUUUAAAAAAAAUCCUUAUUUUUUCAAUUUUUUUUGGUGGAAAGUUUGCCAUGGUAGAGUCAGAAAUGAUGUCUGUGGUACAAUCGAAGUUCUUCUAAUCUCCAUUUUCUUACAGAUUCCGUCAAGUCCCAUUAAUCCUGUCCAGGCAACUUUCCAGCCAAGAAGAAGAAGAAUCUACGAUUUUAAUUUGAUCUAUUUGUUUAUUUUUUAUUUUAUCUUGCUUGCUUUGAAAGGGGAAGGGGAAAUGGGAGAAAGGGGCGGAGAAGGUAAGCAAUCGUAAUUGGGCUGAUGCUGUAGUUAGGCAGCCUAGGACGAAAUUUUUAUUACUGGGCCGGUAGAGAGCGUAUAUCUUAGAGAUUGAUGGUUUAUAUAUAGUCUGGAAGUGAGAGCGCCACGGCGUUUCGGACAGGGACAACUCGGGUCACGACAGGUCGGGUCGACGAUAACUUUUAAUAUUUUUGCUUCGGAACUUGGGAAAAAGGAUUUUUUGGAGAAUUGGAACAAAAUUUUGAAUUGUUUUCGGUUCGGCACUGGGGAGAAGGAUUUUCUGGAGAAUUGAGGUUUAUCUUCGAAUUUUUUUAGGAAAAUAGUGUCUAUAAGCAACGAGCAAAUCAGAAAAUGGUAUCCAUUGUUUAUGUUUUUAACUGGAAGCACGGGAUUUAAUCCCGAAGCGAAAACAGUUCAAAAUUUUGUUCCAAUUCUCCAAAAAAUCCUUUUUUCUAACAGGGGAAGUAGUCUAAGUGCGACGCUCAGAUUUCGUUUAAAAUUUACACACACGUCGGGUAUGUACUAAAUAUCAAUUCCUGAAAGUUUUAGCUCGCACUUUUCGGGCGUCGCCGAGAUAUCGAACGAUUUUUACCGCCGAGAGAGCACGCUAAACUUGGAGAACGGUCUGAGAGAAAACCGCUUUUUGGCCAUAACUUUGGCAGUUUCAUGCGGAAAAAUUUGAUUUUUUGUAGAAACAUUACCCUCUAUGGUAGAAAUAUGCAUAAAACUUUUCGUGGCGAAAUUCGGCAAAAAGCCCGAAAUUUUGGCCGACUUUCGAUCUAAAAAUCUCGGUGUUUCUGCAAAGCGCGAAUACGUCCCCUGUAAGUCCCGAAGCAAAAAUAUUAAACAGUAUCGUUGACCCGACCUUCGCGACUCGAUCUGUCCCUCACCCGAAAUGUUAGGACGCGGGAGUGAGGGGUACCUAGAAUUCUUUUACAUAGUUUUUGGCUCUGAAAGGCGUUGAAUUAUGGCUCGACCGAAUUACUUAUCUCCUCUGGGACAUUAGGCGUUUCCGACCUAGGAGACUGGCAUCGUGGAAGGGUAGGAUGCAUACGUAGGAGGGGGAAUAGGGCCUGGAAGAACAGUUGGGUUAGUGAGGGUUGUUUAUCCUUCCAUUGUUCGGCCGUAAAAGCGCCAUUUUUAUCGGUAUUGUAUUGUUUGAAAUGUGUUUUGAUUUCCCGAAAAUGGGAAAUCAGUCAGGGGAAGUACCCCCAAGUGUCACACUCAGAUUUGUUUUAAAUUUUGCACACACGUCGGCUAUAGAUUAGAUAUCAAUUCCUGAAAGUCUUAGCUCACGCUUUGCGAGCGGCACCGAGAUAUUGAACGAUUUUUGCCAGCGAGAGAGCACACAAAACGUGGAGAGCGGUCAAAGAGAAAAACACUUUUUGGCCAUAACUUCGCUAGUUUCGCGCGGAAAAAAUUGAUUUUUUUGUGGAAAAAUUACCCUCUAUGGUAGAAAUCGGCAUGAAACUUUUCGUGCCGAAGUUCGGCAAAAAUUGUUAAACUUUCGCCGAUUUUCGAUCUAAAAAUCUCGGCUGUUUUUGCCAAGCGCGAUCUGGAAUUCUCGCAUAUAUUUUAGAAAAAAAAUAUUUUAAAUUUAUGCCAAGUUUCAUCAAAAUCUGAGCGUCGCACGUGGGGUACUUUCCCUAUGAGCUGAUCCUGCUCGGCAAGUUCCCGGAAUCCGGCGGCCGGGUGUUCGGGGGACGUUUGGAGGAGUACUAAUCGUUCCAGAAAGUGCGUGGACCUUUCGUCGCAAAUUUUCCGCACUGUGCGUUUGACCUUUUAAGGUGGGGUGCGUGGCAACAAUCGCACGGUGCAAAAAAGAAAGAAAAAUGCACCUUGCGCCGCGAAAAAAACGUCUACGCACUUCCCGGAACGUCUAGUGGUACUAUUAGCAUUUUCACAAAGUGCCAGGACAAUUGUCGCGGCGCGCACUGUGCGCAAAAGACCCCAAUUUUUUGCACCGUGCAUUGACCUGUUUUUUGGUUUUGCACUGUGCAUUUGAAACGACAUAACCUUUUCUAAACUGCGCCGCCGCGAUUUGGCUCAAAAAUGUGCACAGUGCAAUCGGCUUUUUGGGGGUUUGCACGGUGCGCAAAGGCAAAGAUCCACAGUGCGUCGGCGACAGAAAUUCAAGAUGCACUGUGCGAAAGCGAAAUGAUGUCCAGGCACUUCGUUGAAAAUGCGAAUACGCGCGCUCAAAAGUCCUGACAAUUUUCGCACCGUGCGAAACUUGGAUGUCGAAGGUUGAUUCAAGGGGCCUGGAGCUUCUGAUCUGCCCGAUCUCUGGAUGCUAGGAUUCGACCAAAGCAAUUCUCUUGGUAAUUCAUCAACAUCCGAACUCAUCCAGACCCCCAACUCCUUCUUCAAUCGUGCUUUGAUAGGCCUGUUUUUUCUUCUGCGGCUCCGGGUUGUUCUCCUCAUCGACGCCAAUAAAUUUACCUGUCAUUUUCGACAUGGGGGGGGGACCCUUGGAUUAACAGGGGAAAUACCCCAAGUGCGACGCUCAGAUUUCGAUGAAACUAGGCACAAAUUUAGAUUUAUUUUUUCUAAAGUAUAUGCGAGAAUCUUUGCGGAAACAACCGAGAUUUUUAGAUAGAAAGUCGGCGAAAAUUUAAGACUUUUUGCCGAAUUUCGGCACGAAAAGUUUCAUGCCUAUUUUGACCGUAAAGGGUAAUGUUUCUACAAAACAUCAAUUAUUUCCGCGCGAAACUAGCAAAAUUGUCGCCAAAAAGCGUUUUUCUCUCUGACCGCUCUCCGCUUUUAGCGAACUCUCUCGGCGGCAAAGAUGGGUCAAUAUCUCGGCGGCGCCCGCAAAGCGCGAGCUAAAACUUUCGGGAAUUGAUACUUUGUUCAUGAUCGCGCGUGUGCAAAAUUUAAAGAAAAUCUGAGCGUCUCACUUGGGGUACUUCCCUUGUUUCCCUUGUAAGAUUCCUGAGGGACCGGCAUUGUUCUUUAGGUGUAAUUCAAAUUAUUAUGCGUAAGAAGUCAAAAAGUAACUAGAAAUCAACCUCUAAAGUUCUGAAAAACAUAAUCAAUAAGUCCCUUGCCAGUUGACAUCUUUUGCAGACUCCCACCGAAUCCAUUCCGCUUGAAACAACGGCCGCGGUGAAGAAAACCUGCGAUAAAAUCCUCUGUUCGGCCGAAGGAAAGGCCAGAGUGAUGAAAAAAGCACCCAUCGAGUACUGA